AUGGCAAUUCCUAAAAGUAUUUUUCUUCUCAUUAUUUGUGUAGUGGCAACUUUGUUCUCCAUAGCUUUGGGUUUACCAGGGACAGCUUAUUAUACCAAUGAUCAAUAUCCUUCAUCAGAAUGUUCAAUACCCACACCACCAGGUAGCCUUAUAGCACGGAUCGCGUACCUAGGAAGUACUAUUACAUGUGGAGACUCAUUAAAUGUCACAUGUAUCGGUAACUCGCCACCUUGCACUGGCAAAAGUGUUGUAGUAAAAGUUGUUGAUCAUUGUUCUACAUGUCGCGAUGUAACCAUGGUUCUCACUCAAGAAGCUAUUUCAGUCAUUGCUAAUCCUAUCACUGUCAAGGAAGUUAUUAACAUCAACUACAAAAAGUAA